CUCGUAUUUUGGCAGGAGAGCGAAAUGAGGGACGGCUACCCGGCUGAACUGGAUAUGUGGUCAUGGGACACAGGGGCACGUAUCUGGGGCCCGUAUGCGCCGGGGGGAUGCCUGGGUAUGGGGGGCACGGCGAGAAAACGGGAGAACGGUGUGCAGUUGUGGUGACAAGUGCAUGCGGGGGAUCUGACAAUGGACCUUGUGCGAGUACCCCAGAUCGCCCCGUUGUCCAUGCUGCAUGCUAUCAAGCUAUGCAAGGCCGUAUCUCGCUCGCUGUAUCGGGCGGGCAGGCGAGAUAAGGAGCAAGAUAAGGAGGGAAAAGGAGACGAGGAAAGGAGUCGAGUUGACCCCCAGAUGAGAUAAGGGUUGAAAGGAAAUCAGUCGUACACCGUCACCGGCAGGCGCAUCUCUUAUCGGCCCGGUCACGACAUAUAUAGCAGCGAUGCAUGCCCAUCAUUCACCAUCCACCACACAUCCAGCCAUCCGGAUUCCCCCAAGACUCCCCCCUUACACCCAGAGCCAAUAGGUGAGUGCUGAGCCAUCCCCUCUUCUCCAUUCGCUGCCCACCGGCUAUCUCCCGGCCACCCGGUGCGUCGUGCCAGCGAGCAUACUGCCCAGAUCCAUCCCCUGCCCCGUCCAUCUGCAUACUCUCCAUCCCACAUGGAUAUCAUCUCUACGACCUCCCGACCCCAGAGCCCCAGAGACAGGGACAGCCGAGCUCAAGCAGGCGACGAAGGCCCGCGCUUAGUGCGAGUCGAUUAACGGAUGAUAACACUUUUCGUUUCUUUAUCUCUCUCCAUCCUUUCAUCUUCUGUCGCUGACGCCUACUCUUUUCAUCUCCCACAUGCCGCGUAUCGCCCUCCCUCGCCUUCCCCUACGCCAGCAGUCCAGCCGACGCACUUUUACAUCCACCAUGGCUCCCUUCAAGCCUGCCCUGUCUAUCGACACUAUCAACCCUGCCGUCCUUUCCGUCCACUAUGCCGUCAGAGGCGAGCUCGCUACCAAAGCCGACGACUAUGCCCAAAUCCUCAAGACCCCCACUUCAUCCCCCGCCUCAUCGCCAGGCGGUGUCUCGCGGUCCGACCUGCCCUUCGAAAAAAUCGUCACUGCCAAUAUCGGCAACCCCCAGCAGGCUGGGCUGGAUCAGGUGCCCCUGACGUUCUGGCGCCAGGUCAUCUCGCUGCUCGAGUACCCCGAUUUGAUGACGACACACAAGGCGUUGGCAAAGCAGAUCUACCCGGAAGAUGUGCUGGAACGGGCCGAGAGUCUGUACAGGGAUAUUGGCAGUGUGGGCGCGUAUACGCAUUCCAAGGGGGUGCUUCAGGUCCGGCAACGAGUCGCCAAGUUUAUUGAAUCGCGCGAUGGCUACCCCGCCGACCCCGAGUCCAUCUACCUCACUGCCGGUGCUUCUGCCGGUGUCUCCUCCAUCCUCGGCGUCGCCCUCCGCAAGGGCGAUGGCUGCAUGAUCCCCAUCCCCCAGUACCCCCUCUACACCGCCACCCUCGCCUACCUCGAAGCUGAGCCUUUACCCUACUAUCUCUCUGAGGCCGACGACUGGUCUAUGAGCCACGACUCACUUUUGAAGAGUGUGGAGGAAGGCAAGAAGGCUGGGAAACCCGUCAAGGCAUUGGUCAUCAUCAACCCUGGAAACCCCACGGGUGCUUGUCUGAGUUUGGAGGCGAUGGAGGCCGUGGUCAGGCUUUGUUAUGAGGAAGGCAUCCUCCUCCUCGCGGACGAAGUCUACCAGGCCAAUAUCUACGACCCUUCCCACCGCCCAUUCAUCUCGUUCAAAAAGGUCCUCCGGAGCAUGCCUGAAGAGAUUGCAAACAGUGUCGAGCUUGUGUCGUUCCACUCCAUCUCGAAGGGUGUCAGCGGAGAGUGUGGAAGGCGAGGAGGGUACUUUGAGUGUGUCAAUAUUGAUAGCGAGGUGAUGGACCAGGUGUACAAGAUGGCUAGUAUCUCUCUGUGUCCCCCGGUCUCUGGUCAAGUCGGUGUCGACCUCAUGGUCUCUCCUCCCACCGAAGGCUCUCCUUCCUAUCCCCUCUGGUCCCAAGAAACCUCCCUCAUCCACAACAAUCUCAAAUCCCGCUCCUUCCUCAUGGCCGAGCAUUUCAACAAGAUGCAAGGCGUCACUUGCAACAAUGCCGAAGGCGCCAUGUACCUCUUCCCCAAGAUUGACAUGCCGGAGAAGGCGGUGGCCAAGGCCAAGGAAAUUGGAAAGGAGGUGGAUGUGAUGUAUGCUUUGGACCUUCUUGAUGCGACGGGUAUCUGUGCGGUCGCCGGCAGUGGGUUUGGACAAGAACCGGGGACGUAUCAUCUCCGAGUCACCGCUUUGUGCCCAGACACUGCCGAGUUUAUUGGCAGGUUUGAAAAGUUCCACCAGGACUUUAUGGCCAAGUAUGCCUAAAAAGGGCCUUUGUAUGAGAGGUCAGGAUUGUUUUCAUAGGGUUGCGCCGGGGCAUCGACGGUGGUCGAUUUGUAAACAACAUACUCAGACAGGAAAGGUGAGAGAGGAGCUGUGAAGAAGGGCGAAAGAGAGAACUGUGUAAUUAUGAAAGAAGUCUAUACUCUACAUUUUUGUUCAUGACAUGGACUUGGGUUUAUCAUGCCUCGAUUGGAAACAAGGCCACGAGAUAUACCGUGCUGGCGCUCUUUCGAACCAAACGGCCGCCCUGUGAGUAAAGAGUGACAUGUCAUGUCCUCACAGCCGACCUUUGUGUCAGUGUCUCCUAGGUGGGAAGAUCUCUUUCCUUUAGAUGGGCGAUUGAAGGAAGAAGCAAUUCAGGGAGGCACUAGGGCGGGGUCUGCUGCUGACCAUGGAAGGGGCAUUGGUAUGUUUCCCAUGGUCAUGAUCUGGACAGGCGCUGUCCGCUGAUUAGUCGACAGAUAC